AGAACAACAAGAAAAAAAGUUAAUCGUUGAUAUUAAAAAAGCAGCAAAAGAUGGUCAAAUGGCAGCAUGUAAAAUUCAAGCAAAAGAUCUUGUCAGAACACGAAGACAUAUUCAAAAAUUUUAUCAAAUGAGAACGCAAUUACAGGCUGUUUCUUUGCGUAUUCAAACUUUACGUAGUAAUCAACAAAUGGCAGAAGCUAUGAAAGGUGCAACUAGGGCUAUGGGUAUGAUGAACAGAACGAUGAACUUGCCGGCAGUUUCAAAGAUUAUGCGGGAAUUUGAACGUGAAUCAGCAUCGAUGGACAUGAAAGAAGAAAUGAUGGGAGAUGCGAUUGAUGAGGCCAUGGACGAUGAAGCAGAUGGAAUUGGAGAAGAAGAAGAGGGAGAUGCGAUCCUCAAGGAAGUCUUGGACGAAAUCGGUGUCGGUCUCAAUCAGCAACUUGGCGAAACACCAACUACUAACCCAGGAGCAGGCGUUGCCGCACCAGCAGAGAGAGUGGCCAUCGGAGAGGGAAUCGGUGGGGAUGCAUCAGGAGGUGGUGCUGGCGCUGGUGCAGGCAAUGGCGGCGGCGGUGGUUCUGGUGGUGGCUUGAGCGAUGAGGCUGCCCUGCAAGCUCGUUUGGACAGUCUACGGAAAGACUGAAGUGAUGAGUUAUUCAUAGAACUGUCAAUUAGGAUUGCGAUUUGCUAAUGUACAUUAAAGGUAUCAGUGCAAGUUGUGUGCGAGGUGAUUUUGUCUAUAGUACAUGCUGAAAUGAAGGUAUCUAUCUUAUUGCUUUUUCAAACGAGCCAGCCGCGGUAGAAGGAACCACGAACAUUGCAUUCG